AUGACACGGCUGAACAACUUGGACUCAGAGCUAGCACAAGAACUUGGUGAUUUUCCUGAAGAUGACUUGGACAUUGUCUUUACACCCAAAGAGUGCAGAACUUUGCAACCCUCUAUGCCAGAAGAUGGGGUUGAACUGGACUCACAUGUCAGAGAUUGUGUUCAGACGUAUAUCCGGGAGUGGCUGAUUGUGAAUCGAAAGAACCAAGGGAAUUCAGAUACUUGUAGCCUGAAAAACAAGGGGUCCCGAAAAGAUUUUCACAAGACCCUUCAAAAACAAACAUUUGAGUCGGAAACAGUGGAUUCCAGCGAUGCAAACUUUCAGGAAGAUGCAGUGGAGAUACGGCCAGUGCCUGAUCGCCCAAGGGAACAUCUGGGCAACAGGAUUUUGGUGAAGCUGCAAACUCUGAAGUUUGAUAUAGAGAUUGAACCUUUGUUUGCAUGCAUAGCUCUCUAUGACAUAAAAGAAAGAAAAAAGAUCUCAGAAAAUUUUCACUGUGACCUCAACUCUGAUUCAUUAAGAGGAUUCUUGCGUUCUCAUACAGCCUCCAUUGACUUGUCUACUCAGGCAAGAUCAGCAGUAUUUUCCGUCACUUAUCCCUCAUCAGAUAUAUACCUAGUAAUAAAGAUAGAAAAAGUGCUUCAGCAAGGAGAAAUCGGAGAUUGUGCAGAACCCUACAUGGUUCUUAAAGAAAGUGAGGCUGGCAAGACAAAAGAAAAGAUUGAAAAACUGAAAGCCCAAGCUGAAUCCUUUUGUCAGCGGUUGGGGAAAUACAGAAUGCCGUUCGCCUGGAUUCCCAUAAGCCUAACUAAUUUCUUCAACCUUUCAACACUUGAACGAGAAAUACCUGAGGCUGAAGGUUUAAACGGUAGAUCUGCUAGUGACAAGAGGGCAAUGCUGCUGCAGGCAAGAAGACUUUCUGAGAGAAGUCUCAGCUCGGAGGACAGCUAUCCAGCACCAAACUUUAAAACAAUCUCUCUGACCCUCAACACCUUCUUUAAACAG